CCUUGCGUGUUGACCGCGCUUCUUGCGUGUUGUUGACCACACGAGAAAGAAGAUUCUUAAUUAACCAGGGAGAGGGAAAGAUAGAGUGCAGAAUUCUGUUCCUAAAUUACACUAAAGAGCGUGGAUUGAACUUGCAGAGCGCGCGAGAGAGAUCAUCAAUGGCGGAUGUAGGUAAACCUCUGAGAAAAAUAGCAGAUGCAUUCAAGGAACUUGCAGAGAAGGUGAACUCAGAAAACGCUGACGUGGAGCUGGCGCCCUUCUCCCACGCCUGCUCGCUCGUUGCUCCCCUCAUUGGUUGUCUUGGCAUCGCUUUCAAGUUUGCUGAGAUGGAUUACUCCGCUAAGGUUGAUGAUCUCGCAGAGGCGGCGAAGUCAAUUACAACAUUGUCAGCGAUGGUUGAUCGAGAUGUAGAGGGGAAUUGCGUGAGGAGAGCAGGAAGUCAUACCAGAAACCUCUUGAGAGUGAAGCGUGGGCUUGAGGUGGUCAGGGUACUGUUUGAGGAGCUUUUAGCUAUAGAGUACGUAUCAUAAUGGCUACUUUUACCAAACUAAAUUUAUGCCCCAAUUAGCAUCAGGCUAUCCAAGUAGGUGUGGGUGUAAUAACACUUAAAUUUGGUUUCUUGCAUACCCUUUUUGAGUCGGUAUUACUUGCUAACGUGUUUUUCACCCUCAAGUUCGUGUGGAGACUUUGACGAGGAAAUGUUGCUUCUGCAAUAACUGUAUGUUACGUUGCAUAAUCUGGCAGUAUUAUUAAGUACAAGAUGCUGGUAUGGUACUAAAUGAUUUAUACUCCGUAGUUUUGUUCUAUAUUGAUAUGAAGGUGAUAGUUCAUCUCAGCCAAUGCCACAUCUCAUUAGAUGGUCUGAUGCCGGAAGUAGUUGUCAUGUUGUUUUCAUCUUUCUUCUUCAAAACUUUUCACUUUGUUGCUAUUUGAUGUUAAAGUUGUUUAAACUUUUUGCCCUUCUUAUGUUUGCUACUCAAUUCAGGUAUUCAAACGCUUCUCCCAGCUUCUGGGCAAUGGCUACAUGUUUUGCAUGAGAGAUUUUAACUUAGAACUGAGAUAAUACCCCAUUUAAUGCUAGCUUCACCAAUACUUCUGCCAUUGUCCUAUUGAGACAAAUCUUUCUUUUCAAGCAAGUCUUAGAAGACACAGAUUUAAGCAGAUGAUGAUUGAUAUGGAGGAUGAUAUUAGGAAUUGCUAAUGUUAAUACAAUCUGAACACUCUAUAAUCUUUGUGUGGCAGUGGAAAAUCAUUUCGAGAUCCAGCUGAAAAGGCCUAUGCACAGGUUUUUGCACCACAUCAUGGAUGGGCUAUCAGGAAAGCUGUUGCCGCAGGGAUGUGUGUUCUUCCUACAACAGAACAGCUAUUGAGCAAGCUCAGUGAAGAUGGUCAGUGAAUGCAUAAGUCGAUUUUUACAGUCAAAUGCACCUUAAUAAGACAUCUAUGCUUUUACUUCAUAUUAUGACGUUUUCUUAAUUAUCUAGUGGUUUGAAAUGUUGUGGACCUGUUAGAGGUGGGUAUUGGUAGU